AUGAUUCGAGAUCCGCCGGCCAUGCACAAACCUGAAAAUAAUAACAGUCAACAAGAUGAGAGUAAAUAUGGACUCAACAGCAGCGUAUCUACUAACACGGGGAGCGCCAGGCUGUGCGCACAGUGCGGCAAAGUCAUCACCGAGAGGUUCCUGCUGAAAGCCAUGGAGCGUUUCUGGCACGAAGACUGCCUGAAAUGCGGCUGCUGCGACUGUCGCCUAGGUGAAGUCGGGUCCAAGCUUUAUUACAAAGCGGACCUCAUGCUCUGCAAGAGAGACUACCUUAGGUUAUUUGGUGCCACAGGCAACUGUGUCGCGUGCAACAAAGUCAUUCCCGCCUUCGAAAUGGUUAUGCGAGCCAAGAGUUUCGUUUACCACUUAGAAUGUUUCGCCUGUCAACAAUGCAAUCACAGGUUCUGCGUGGGAGAUAGAUUCUACCUGUGUGAUAAUAAGAUCCUUUGCGAGUACGACUAUGAAGAAAGAUUAGUAUUUGCCAGUAUGGCUGCCAAUCCAAGUGGACUAGCUCAUAUCCGACGGCAAGUCAGUGGACUACAGUCGCCUAGUGGUGCGUACGUGGGUGGAGCUGGAGGUUGCGGAGCUGUAGCGGCCGGAGCGGGGGCAGCAUUAGUGGACAAAGACGGUGGUGGUUGCGCGGGCGCUGAUGAUGCGUCUAGCGGAUAUGGCAGCCCACCCGACCCCGAUGUAUGCGAUGCUGCGCGAUGA